AGAGGCGGGCCCAGUGGCGGAAGGAGCAUGGCGUGGAGACAGCUCAAAAAGCGGGCCCAGGAUGCCAUGGUGAUCCUGGGGGGCGGAGGACUUCUCUUUGCCUCCUACCUGAUGGCCACAGGGGAUGAACGUUUCUACGCGGACCACUUGAUGCCAGCUCUGCAGGGGCUGCUGGACCCCGAGGCAGCCCACAGGCUGGCUGUUCACGUCACCUCCCUGGGGCUCCUUCCUCGUGCCACGUUUCAAGACUCUGACAUGCUGGAAGUGAGAGUCCUGGGCCAUAAAUUCCGAAAUCCAGUAGGAAUUGCUGCAGGAUUUGACAAGCAUGGGGAAGCUGUGGAUGGACUUUACAAGAUGGGCUUUGGUUUUGUUGAGAUAGGCAGUGUUACCCCAAAACCUCAGGAAGGAAACCCCAGACCCAGGGUCUUCCGCCUCCCUGAGGACCAAGCCAUCAUUAACAGGUACGGAUUCAACAGUCAUGGACUCUCAGCGGUGGAACACAGGUUACGGGCCAGACAGCAGACGCAGGCCAGGCUCACAGAAGAUGGGCUGCCACUGGGAAUAAACCUGGGGAAGAAUAAGACCUCGGUGGACGCUGCCUCGGACUACGCAGAGGGGGUUCGAGUCCUGGGCCCCUUGGCUGACUACCUGGUAGUCAAUGUGUCCAGUCCCAACACGGCUGGGCUGAGGAGCCUUCAGGGAAAGGCCGAGCUGCGCCGCCUGCUGACCAAGGUGCUGCAGCAGAGGGAUGCCCUGAAGGUAGCGCACAAGCCAGCCGUGCUGGUGAAGAUCGCUCCUGACCUCACGGCCCAGGACAAGGAGGAUAUUGCCAGUGUGGUGAGAGAGUUGGGCAUCGAUGGACUGAUUGUCACGAACACCACAGUGAGUCGCCCUGCCAGCCUCCAGGGGGCCCUGCGCUCUGAAAUGGGAGGGCUGAGCGGGAAGCCCCUCCGAGAUUUAUCAACGCAAACCAUCAGGGAGAUGUAUGCACUCACCCAAGGUAGAGUUCCCAUCAUCGGGGUUGGCGGUGUCAGCAGCGGGCAGGACGCGCUGGAGAAGAUCCGGGCGGGGGCCUCCCUGGUGCAGCUGUACACAGCCCUCACCUACCAGGGGCCGCCCCUGGUGGGCAGAGUCAAGCGGGAGCUGGAGGCCCUUUUGAAGGAGCAGGGUUUUACCAGAGUCACAGAUGCCACUGGAGCAGAUCAUCGGAGGUGAGGACGGGUCGGUGGGAAGCCUGAUCUGGAACCGUCCCGCUAAAUCAAGCGAGCCUUUGUGGCUGAUGGAGAGAGGAGACCACAUGCCCAAACCACAGGGGCCCCUCCACCGGCUGGACUGUAAAAGCCAAGCAUGAGGGUCACCAGAAGCAAUGCAAGGCUUUGUUCAACCACUUGUCGGACAGGAACUGCAUCCAUGAUUCUUUCUAGAUUCAAAUCCCAGGAUCCUUUAAUAUUACAAGGACAUUAGACAUUUGGAGGGAAUAUCAUGGUAAAAUAAAGUCAUUUAAAAACUGGAUUUACAUCCCAGCCCUCUUGCCCAGAUCCUGUAGGUCCUUCCAGGCCUCUGCUCCCCCGGGAUUUGUAGUGGGCUUCCCAGGAGCUUGACUCUCUUUCAUUCUAUCUUUAUUUUUGUUUAAAAUUUUAACUGUAUUUUGAAAAUAUUUCAAACUUAGAUAAAAGUUGCAAGAAUAGGGCUGUGGAUGGCCGUCCUCUCCGUGUCUGCACAUGGUCUUCCCUCUGUGUGGAGAGGGACACUGGUCAUGCUGGUCAUUUUAACUUGAUUACUUCUGUAAAGGCCCUGUCUCCAAACAAGGUCACAUUUUGAGAUACUGCCAGUCUGGAUUUCAACAUGGCAAUUUUGGAGAGACAGAGUUCAGAAAAUGGGCUUGUCCCCCUGCUUUAAAAACCUGUGACUUGUGGGCCAUUGGGCAGGCAGGUUCUCGAGGAGCUUGAAGACACUAGACAAGAGGCUCAAGAGGUCUAGUCAUUAACUAAAGAAACAGAAAUGCUAACCUUUUCAAAACUGAAAAGCAAAUGGUGAUGGGAGGUUGAAAACCUCGGCUGAGAAGUGCUGUAGAUGUCAGUACGCCUUUGCAGCCAACAGGAAAUUACCUUUAUUCCCUUCACCUCAGUGCAGGUUUGAUUUUAAAUUUCUCAGUAGCUCUGUGGAGAGGCCUGUAGCUGCUGUAGAGGUAAUGUGUCCUUGUCUCAUCGUUGAAUCUCGGCCUCAGCCCUCAGCCUCUGCCCACUGCCUCUGCCAAGAAGCCAACAGUCAGUCUCCUGCCGUCUUUUACAAAGAUCUUUUUCCUGUUUCUUAAAAAAGAAUCUUAGGGACUUCCUUCAUGGUGCAGUGGAUAAGACUCUGUGCUCCCAAUGCAGGGGGCCCGGGUUCGAUCCCUGGUCAGGGAACUAGAUUCCACAUGCAUGCUGCAACUGAGAGUUUGCAUGCCACAACUAAGGAGCCCACGUGCCGCAACUAAGGAGCCCACAUGCCGCAACUAAGGAGCCCACAUGCCGCAACUAAGGAGCUGGUGAGCCACAACUACGGAGCCCUGGAGCCGCAACUAAGGAGUCCACGUGCAGCAACUAAGACCU